UGAAAGCGCAUAACCUGAAGUGACAUGCCAGCUCCAACACUCCCACACUGGUUAUGCGUAACGCAAGGCACAGGAUCAUUCCAACCAGCUGCAGACUUGUUUCCCCCCCCGGUAAGAACUGAAAGAAUAUUUUGUAUAACCAGGAUUAUUGUUUGCACUCAGGGUCAGAAUGCCUGGGCAUGGAUGGACACAGAGCGCAAGUGACGACGCAGACGAGAGAAACGAUUCCGCGUUCGACAAUCCGGUGCAAACUGUGGAACAUCGACCCAUUGCCUAGUUUGGAAUAAAAGUGAACGGAGCGAACAGGCUCUGAUGGACGCAAUGGGUGACUCCGAGCGUCUGCACCAAGAAUGGAUAUAGCGGAGGCGAGCGGCAACUCCUCGGCGAACGGCACGAGCGCGCCCAGGCUUGCGCCGCACUCGCGCUACGCGGCCGCCUUUAUCAUCCUGGUGGUGGCCGUGAUCAUCCUUGUGACCAUCGUGGGGAAUGUGCUCGUAGUGGUGGCCGUGUUUACGAGCCGCGCGCUGCGCGCCCCGCAGAACCUCUUCCUGGUGUCGCUGGCGUCGGCGGACAUCCUGGUGGCCACGCUGGUCAUCCCGUUCUCGCUCGCCAACGAGGUGAUGGGCUACUGGUACUUCGGCAGCACGUGGUGCGCGCUCUACCUGGCGCUCGACGUGCUCUUCUGCACCUCGUCGAUCAUGCACCUGUGCGCCAUCAGCCUGGACCGCUACUGGUCGGUGACGAGCGCCGUGAGCUAUAACCUAAAGCGCACGCCGCGGCGCGUCAAGGCCAUGAUCGCCGCCGUGUGGCUCAUCUCAGCCGUCAUCUCGUUCCCGCCGCUGCUCAUGACCAAGCACGACGAACUCGAGUGCCUGCUUAACAACGAAACGUGGUACAUUCUGGCUUCGUGCGCCGUGUCUUUCUUCGCACCGGGACUCAUCAUGGUGUCCGUGUACUGCAAAAUCUACAGAGUGGCCAAGCAAAGAGCCGCCACCGUGUUCGUAGCCAAAGCCAGCAUGGCGCGCCAGCCCUCGCUCUCCGAGACCGGGUUUGUGCGCAAAGGAAGAUCCGAAGCCACGAGUCCGAGUGUCUGCGGCUCCAAAGAGCAGCACCAAGGCGAACUGGACGCAAUCGAUCUGGAGGAGAGCUGCGUCUCGAACGCGCGCUCCGCCAAAGGUGGCAAAGUGGAAGUCGCGUGUGUGUGCGCGCGUGCCCAGCUCGACGGUCGCGCGUCGGAGGCGUGCGACGAGGAGUCGGUGAGUCGUGUCCGACAGAGAUCCUUGUCCAAAGCCAAGCUGGCUCAGAUGCGCGAGAAGCGGUUUACCUUCGUGCUGGCUGUGGUCAUGGGACUCUUUGUGCUUUGCUGGUUUCCGUUUUUCUUCACCUACAGCCUUCAUGCGGUGUGCAGGGAGAGCUGCACCAUCCCUGACACCCUCUUCAACAUCUUCUUCUGGAUCGGUUACUGUAACAGCUCAGUGAACCCUAUUAUCUACACCAUAUUUAACCGGGACUUCAGGAGGGCCUUCAAAAAGAUCAUGUGCCACAAUCCAGUGAGAGCCAGAAUCUAGAUUCAUUUUGAUCUUUGACACUUUUACCUGCUGCUCCAUCAGGAGACUGAAUGCAACUGUGUGCGAGAGUGUGUUUGGUUUGUGUGUGUUUGGUGUGCCCAUACUUUUCUCUGUUCACAUGUCUAGAUAAGGAUGCUGAGUUCCCAAGCUACUGUAUACUGAUACACAGUAAAGUCUCCAGUUCUGGAUCUACAGUGUUUAUGUAAGAGUUAGAUGGACACAAAUGAUUUGCAUUUUUGCUGUGAAUGCAGCUGUAGGAGGGAAUUUGACAGUUCCAGCCAAACAUCUUUAAAAAAGAACUGCAGAAACACAUUAUUCACGCUCUCAUGUUGAAAUGAAACAGUUCAUCAUGGAUUUUGAUCCAAACAAACCGAGUUCGAAUAUAUACUUUGCUUUUCAGUUCAUUUUGUGCAGACUUGUUCAAGCAAAAAAAAAAGAAGCAAAAAAACAUGAUGAUAUGGACAUGGGGAUGAAUUGGAUUUUCUGUUGUGAGGAAAGAAAUACAGACUUUAUACCUUGAAUAUUUUUGCACCUAAUAAGCUAGAUACGAUUCGGUAAACAAUGGCCGUCUAUGUCUCUCAGUUUGGGUGAUUAUUUGGUGUAUAGGAUUUUUGUGUUAUUUAUGUAAAUAAAAAAGCUGGAUGCAAAUUCUUUUUGUUUGAUAGACACGAAAACUACAAAGCAAACCAAUUGAAGAAAACUUUCAAGUUAUUUCACUGAGCUUGCAGAUUUUGACUAGCACUAAUGAAAUGUUUGCUUUUCUCUUUCGUGCGGUUUCGUAGGAAUGAAAGCGUCCUAACAACAGAUGUUAAAAAAAAAAAGAUAUAAAAAAACCCUUUUUCUAACAACCACAGUUAACGCUUUUACCGACGUUAGUCUACCUCAAUGGUUUUCUGACAAGGAAGGAUUUGAUAGAAAACCAUAGUGUUUUUAGUGUCUAAUGUGUCAAUUUUUGUUGUCAAAGUGGUGCCACCGAAUAGUGUUCUUGUUAUCAUCAUUGGAUUGAAAGUCCUGAAGAUGCCACAGACGUCUGGGAACCAGGAGGAAGCACAAAUUUGGUUGCACUCAGGGCCAUUUCUAGUCUUUUUUUUCAAUUGCCCCCCACCCCACCCAUGUCUCAGCCUUUUCACCAC